GAAAGUUGUUCUGAUCGGUCGUGGAGAAAGUAUUGAGUAAUAUAUAAAAUGUUUUUAAGUUCAGUCAUAAUUAUGGUGUUUAUUUUGGUUUGCUAUUGGCUGCUUACGAAACGGCCUAUGGACUUCCCUCCAGGUCCGAAAUUCCUUCCAAUCGUUGGCAACAUCAACAUCCUUAAACAUAUCAAAAUUCUCAAAUUUCAUCACUUAUUGUGGCAUAAUCUAUCAAAACUAUACGGACCUGUUGUUGGUCUUAAAUUUUUUCAUAAGUAUGUAGUCAUUGUAUCCAGCAAAGAAGCAAUAAAAGAGGUUUAUACUCGUGAUGAACUUAAUGGUCGGCCAGAUGGAUUUUUCUUCAGAAUCAGAACAUUUGAGAAGAGACUUGGUGUUGUAUUUACUGAUGGACAUUUCUGGGAGAAUCAAAGAAGGUUUUCAGCAACAACAUUGAAGCACUUAGGCGUUGGAAAGUUUGGAAUGGUUAAACAUAUUGAACAUGAAGCUGAGGAACUAGUCAGCGAACUUAUGAGAAAAUCUGAAGUCUGUGAUGUAUUUCCAAUGCACAGUGCCUUUGAUGUUUCUGUUCUCAAUCUCAUGUGGGUUCUGCUGAAAGGAGAAAGAUUCGAACUUGAUGAUCAAAAGCUGAUUGAUUUAGUUGCAGCUGUCCAUAAAAAUUUUCAAGUGCUUGACAUGUCUGGUGGCAUAUUAAAUCUAUUUCCUGCAAUUCGAUAUUUAAUGCCAGAACAAUGUGGCUAUAAAGAGCUUGUAGACACAAUGAAACCAAUUUGGAGCUUUUUGGCAGAUGAAAUUGAAAUAAUUAAAGAAAAUUACGAUCCAGCAUUGGAACCAAAAUGUUUUAUCGAAGCCUAUAUCAAAGAAAUGUCAAAACUCCAUGAUCAGGACAACUUUUUCAGUGACGAACAGCUUUUUGGAAUUUGUAUCGACUUUUUCCAAGCUGGAUCAGAGACAACAGCUAAUUCUCUUGGAUUUGCAAUCCUUUACAUGUUGCACUAUCCAAAAGUUAUGCGUAGAGUUCAAGUAGAAAUUAUGUCAAUUGUCGGUGCCAAUAAACUCCCAAAACUAAAUGAUCGACCAAAAUUAAAAUACACAGAUGCAGUCAUAAGUGAAGUUCAAAGAUGUGCAAACAUAGCGCCACUUGGUAUAGCACAUCGUGCUGUGAAAAAUGCUCAUCUUAAUGGCUUUUUAAUACCAAAGGAUGCAACAAUUUUAUGCAAUCUAUAUAGUCUCAAUAUGGACGAUAAGAAUUGGAAAAAGCCAGCUGAAUUUAUGCCAGAAAGAUUUUUAAACGAUGAUGGAGAUUUAAUUUUUCCGGAUUAUUUCAUUCCAUUCGCUAUGGGAAAGCGUCGAUGUCUAGGAGAAAAUGUUGCCAAAUCAAGUCUCUUCCUAUUUUUUGCAUCAAUUGUGCAUUCUUUUGAUAUUAAAUGUGUUGGUGAAUUACCGGAUCUAUUGGGAAUCGAUGGAAUUUCUCUUGCACCGAAGCCUUUCAAGGUCAAAUUGUGGAGAAGGUUUUAGACCCGAGUGAUAUGAUAUUGUAGCUUUGGCAGUUGUAUAGUUUCCACAAUCUCUUCAAAAAUGAUUACUUUUGACAUACAGUUAAACAUUUAGAAGGAAGUAAGUCAAGUGUGUCACAAUGUCCAUUGUGGUAUUGUCAUGGCUGCAAUAUGAUACUCUUGUGUUUCUUCGAAAUGUUUUUUUAUUAUAUCGAAAAAAAAUUAAAUUAAUUUAAAGCUGUUUAGAUGCUAGAAAAUAAAAUAUCAAAUUUUGAUGAUCAUAUCCACUGCUAAUUAUUUAUUUGCUACCGACUUAAGGCAAUCAGGAAAAAGUCCAUUUUUUUCCUCCAAAGAGUCAGGAAGCUAAUUUGAAAUGAAUAUCCAAU